CGUACGAACAAACCCAACAGUGUCACAACUUAAAAAUUGUUGAUGGUAUUGGUAGAUUUCAACUAAGUAUUUAAACAAAAACUUAGAUAAUCAGUAUAACCUCGGAUUUUUUUUGUUAUUAAUGAAGUUAGAGUUAGACGUUAAUAAAAUAAAUCGAUCAUCAAAAAGAAGAGCUGAGUGGCAAUGAACAAGAGUUUUGUGUAUUCUCUGCUUUAUCAUGACAGAUCUUUACUUGCCAAGGACAUAUUUAUUGUGUAGCCCAAAGUUUAUGUUAAACUUUUGUUGUUCUUUUUGUUCAAGUUAACUUGGGCCAAGAACACAAAAUCAAAGGAUAAAAUUGAUAUUCUAAUAAAUUAUUUGAAAGUUACAUGAACAUAUCGAGUUCCAUUUAUAGAGUUAUUUUUAAUUAUAUAAAUUUCUAAAUACCUGGGGAAAAAAAUAGAUAAGAAAAAUAACUUCAUAAACUUUUAAUUUCCUUGUGGAAGUCCCCUUAGUCCAAUGGUCUGACUAAUGGUUCAUUAAUGCUUCUACACCAGGAAGUUUGAGUUUCAAAUUCCAACAAAGGCGAAUUAUGCAGAUUUAUAGAGAAAAACAUAUAGGAGAUCUUCGGCAUAGCGCAAGGAGUACCGUCAGACAUGGAUCUCAUAGAACGGCUCAGGAUGAUGUAGUCAGACGUGAAUCCUCAUCAGAUAGGUAUAAUUGCCGGCUAUAAAAUUAUCUUGUAAUAUUUCUCAUAGUUUGUAAUAGCAUAUUAACCAUAGACAAAAAAAAACCUUUAAUUUCUUAACUUUUUGAGUUAAAAUAAUAAAACAACCAACCUUUGAUUUUCAUGUAGAAAACACGUUACAUGAAACAUUAAAAUUAAAAAGGAAAAUCAAAUUUGCCAUCAAAUAUCUCUCACUCACUCACUUGCUCCCGGGACCUCGUUUAUCUCAACUGUCCAUUCUACAUCGUUAUCAUUCCAUGUAACUAUCUUCAUUUAUUUUCUGUGGUAUUAUAUAUCUAUUUCUAGUUAAAUAAAAAUACUGUUAUUCAUGAUUUGAAAACACAGUUAGAAAACAAUUCUAGAAAUUUCUUAAAAGAAUUCGAUAAAAACUUGAAACCUAAAUUUUUGUUCUAAAUAUCAAACUUACAAGCAAACAUAACUUAAAAAAAAGGAGAAAGAUAAUGAAGCUGGUGAUCACAACCAAUGUAGUAGCCUGAGCCUUAAGAAAGUCACGUACCGUCUUUUUUAAGUUUCCACCAAAUCUCCAUCCACGUCCACCAUACAUAACAAUCCACGUGUCCAAACCAAAUAAUCAAACUUGAUCCAGCCAAUGAAAACACGACAGGCCAGCUAUGACCCAGCGCCACACAGCACAGAUUCACAGGUGAAAAGAUUCGCUAAACUGGCCAAACCUUUAAACUAACUCUGCAGAGAUUGUCAACUCAAAAGCUUCAUCAACAACAUAUCCACGUUUACUAAUGUAAAUUAUGAGUGGUUAUAUAGUGUUAGUAAAUAUUUUUAUUUGAAAUCUCUGUGAUUGUUCUCUUUUUCUAUGUAUAAUAUUUUUUUCCCUUUGCAAAAUAAAAUAAAUAAGGAUAGAUUGAAUUAAGCUGAUUAAUACAUGAUUUGGACUGGUACCUAUCGCCAAAACUGGCACAACUUUGAUAAGUACUUUGAUAUUUCAUCUGUGUGACUGUAUUACCUUUUUCGGGGUUUCAAUAAAGGUUGAUGUUAGACUCUAAUACAUAUAUAGUUUACUUGAUUUUAUCCCACCGCACAUCAUUUAAAUAUAGGCAUUCUUAGAUUAAGCAUUAUAAGAAAACAAGUUGGUCCUAUUGAAAAUAUGGGGUUUUCAGUUUCUGAUGUUAUUAAUUAAUCUAGAAUUUCAUAUAUUUAUAUAUUUACAUGGUGUUCAGAUUUCGGUUUUCAUAUAUUUUUAUGUACGGAAUGAAAUUAGUUCAAUGUUUAUAUUCCUCUCUGUAUAUAUUAAUAAAAUAUAAUAAUUAUUAAAAAUUAAAAAAUAGGAUGAGACAUUAAUGGCUAUGGAGGAAUAAGAGAAGAAGCACCACUUAGAGCCCACGUUCCAACUCUUAAUCACCCAAAAAUUAUACACAAAGACGUGCUUCUCACAUCUCAUCUCACUCCCUCACCAGCUCACUUCACUCAAUCCUCUUUAUUUUUCUUUCCUUUUUUAAUUGUUAUACAACAAUCUCUCUCAAUCCUCAAGUAAUCAGAGGUGACCAUAUGGCUCUCGACACUCUCAAUUCUCCAACCUCCACCACCGCUCCUCCUCCUUUCCUAACCGAGCCGGAGAAUCUUGAGUCGUGGACCAAAAGAAAACGCACAAAACGACACCGAACUGUAGAUCAGUCACACCCUCCUUCCGAAGAAGAGUAUCUUGCUAUCUGCCUCCUCAUGCUCGCUCGUGGCUCCUCCUCCUCCUCCUCCAAUGAUGGUAAUGAUCAUCACUCUCCUCCUGCUCCACCGUCCGAUCAUCACCACCGAGACUACAAGUGCUCCGUCUGUGGCAAAUCUUUCCCGUCUUAUCAAGCGUUAGGUGGACACAAAACCAGUCACCGGAAACCGGUUAGUAAUACUAAUUGCCAAGAUACUAAUAACAGUGGUAAUGGUUCCGUUACUAAUAAGGGAAAUAUUAGUAACGGUUUAAUUGGUCAAAGUGGGAAGACUCAUAAGUGCUCUAUCUGUUUUAAGUCGUUUCCCUCUGGUCAAGCAUUGGGUGGUCACAAACGGUGUCAUUACGACGGUGGGAACGGUAACGGUAGUAAUAAUCACGGCUUUGACCUGAAUUUACCGGCUGAUCACGAUGAAACACUUGUAAAAAGUCAACUCUCCGGCGAAGAAUUAAAGUCGGAGUCUGAUUAUUAAUAAUUUUUACCGAUCAGCUAGCUAGUGUGGAUCAUUAGCUGAGAUGUUGAUGAGUCUGUAAUGAAAAUGAUUGGAGUGGACUUUGGAUUAUUUUUAGUUUCUUUUUUACGUAUACGAAAAGAAAAAAAAAUCUUCAUAUGAUUAUUCGUUUUUGGGUUUUGUUUAUAAAAAGUAAAUAAAGAGGAUAUAUUUGGAUUUGUAUUUUGCUUUAAUAAGAAAAAUAAUAAAGGAGAAAUGGAUUAAUGAAACUUCUACUUCUUGGAAAUUUCCUUUUUUUUUUCAUUUACUACUUCCGCAAGCUAAGGAGCCACUUCUGUGACUAAGAUUGUCAGUGAUCUGUUCCUUACGAUUAACUACUUUGCCAAACAUUUUUAAUAUUUAAGCAAUCAAUUCCCAAUUCGAAAUAACAUGUUUUGAUUGGAGAAAUUAGUAUUAAUUUUGGAAAUGUUAGUAUUAAUUAUUAAAGUAGUGAUAGAUCGGUUAGUAGUACUAGUACCUAACGAAGCUAAUCCUUAAGUGUCAUGUCGUCUUUGAUUACUAUUUAUCCAUUUGAUUGGUUGGCACUCACACUUCCCUCCACGCUUUGAUUUUUUUUCUUUUUAUAAAUCUGUAUUACUUUUUUCAUGAGUGUUAGGAGACUAGUUAUUAUGAUAGUUUAUUACGUUAAAUAUCGUACACGUCCUAAUCGAUCCCAGUUCUUGUGUAUCUUAUAAGAAAAAGAGUAGUUAUGCAUUCCGAAGAAAAGGUAAAUUUUGGGUAUCUUCUCUGAAUUUAGUGCCCAUAUAUACAUAAGACGAGUAGUAUUAUUUUUGACACUGAAAAUUGAUUUUUAAAUCUUACAUUAUCGAAAAGGUAAUUUUGGCUAAGUGGCAAAUAAUGACUUGUUCGUAUUUGUAGGCAAAACUCGGUCUAAUGAAUUUACCAAAUUUCUUGGGUAAUUUGCAACAUGUAUUAAUAGUACGGCCUUAUAUGUGUGUUAAAGGCCUAAGCAGUCGUAUGAUCCAAUAACAUCCAAAUUCUUUUUGCAGUGGUGCCGCUCAAAUGGUGCAGUGUACCAAUGACUCAUCAUUGUUUGGACAUAGGAAAACUGUAUUAGAGAUCAUAGUGGAUCCUGUCUAAUAGCUGAGAACUUAAGCCCAAUUAUGUUAAUAGACCAGGUUUUAUUUUAAAUAAUUAAAUCAGAACUCGGCGUGAAAUAGAUUUUGGAACAAAAGAAGCAAUAUACCCUAUUGGUUAAACUGGUCAGUUUCGGGAAGACAUAUUUAGUGCUACAGAAUUUACUGGAUAUCAUACCACUAGUGCAAAGGACGGACCGAUCGUCUAUAUGCAGUUGAGAUUUAUUGUCGAUUUUUCUCCUUUUUUCUUUUGAUAUCAAACUGUCGCAUGUUAUAUAGCACGGUUGUUCAAAACCUCACUAAUUAUCCCCAGCAAAAAGAGCAUACGUGCAUGUUAGAGUUAGAAAUUGUUAGAUGAUCCAUUGUAAAAGAAUGGGUAUGUGAAUAUUGGAAAGCCUAAUCUAAUGUGACAUAUAUACACAUGUAUAUAUAUGAUAUGAUUGAGAGAAUUUUUUUUCACUUCAGUUGAAAAAAGAAGAGAAAAUGUUUAGGAUCAAAUCGGUAGACUUUUUUAAAAAAACUAAACCGGCGAUAAAUAAAUUCGAAAAGUAUUAUAUAAUUUUUAUUUAAUA